AUGUCGCACAAUGGUAAGGACGACUCGACCCCUCAGAGUCGUGUUGUCAAUACUGGCUUGAAGUGCCAAGAUGUGAGCGAGAACAUUGACUCUGGAAACAAAAAUGCCAAAGAUGUAGUGAACUGGUGGAUGAGAAGCGAAGGUCGUGAGAAAAUAUUGGGAGCUUACACUAUGACAGGAACGGCAUACGCUUACAAUGCGACACUGCAAAGCGAACACUUCUGGGUGCAGGUGUAUGCCACGUGCAAGAACGAAGACUGCGACAAAUGA